AUGUCUUGGAACGGGCCUGUAGCUGGUGCUGCACCAUACCAAGCGCCACCAUAUGCCAACGGUCAACCUAGCUAUGGUCAGCACCCACCAUACCAGUAUGGACAACAAUCAUCUUAUGGCCAGUAUCAAACUGGACCAUCGUACCCAGGACCGCAGCAACGAACACAGGACAACAGGCCACCUAAGAAGAAAGGCAAUCCGAUAAUAACACGUUACCCACCUCCUCCCGGGUAUCGUGGGCCGGCGCAGCCUCAAGGUUCUUUCAAUACGCAUCAGCACCCUGCACAGUAUCAUCAACCAACGCAGCCCGGCUUCCCACAGGUCCCUCCAGUGCAACCCACCUAUCCGAGUCAAGGAUAUAUAGGAGCAGCCCCUCAGCAAGGGUUUACGCCACAGAGCUUUAGCGCUGCCAAAUCAAGCUAUCCAUCAUCGUAUCCCCAAGGACAGAACUACCAAUGGUCUCAGCAAGCAUACCAGGCGAGCCAAGGUCCACCUCAGGCACCUGUGUACCCUAAUGGCCAAAACUACGGAGCUCCACAGACGUCAUAUCAACAGCGCCCUGCACUUACCGCUGCAACAGGUCCAAGCCAGCAAGGAUACAGUCAAGCUCCGGGGUGGCCAGCAGCACAUGCACAAGCCCAGACUACUUAUCCGCUACAGAGUCAAUACAAUUCGUACAGCGGUCCAGCUAUCAAUGACCACCCAAUGCUGGACCCCAACGCAACUCCAACCCAAGCCACUGCUCAGCCGGUCUCCGCUCCAACAGUCUUGUCGCACUCAUCCGCCAGCACCUCGCAUGAUAGUGCGACAAGCAAAAAGCAAGAGCUAUACUUGGCAUGGGACGACUGGGACUUUGACUUCGACGGCGCCAUCUGGCCUAAGAGCAACGAGCCUGUAGAUCCAAACCUCAGCCUGGGAGUCAUCAUAUGGCACCCCGCCAAACAAAUGACUCGAGCGUUGCCCGCAACCUUUGAGGAAGCAGAAGAGCAGUCUCUUAAGCCCGUUCCUGAGAAAUUUGGCAACGGCGAGUCAGUGUCGAUCUAUUUCACAGCAGAAAACUCUCACGAGGCCUUCCUGAACGUCAGACAGACUGACGAGUGGGACUACAUCAAGGAUGAUCCCGCCUUCGUCAUCUUCACUGACGAAGAGAUGCAACAGAACUUGAUGCCCGUGGAAGACUGCAUUGCCCAGCGCGAUCGACCAGAUGAGUUUGUUGACGAGGCUGCGAGACACGAAGAUGCCGAGAUGCGUGAAGCUGACUGGAAUAUUAUGGACAAUCUCGAACAAGCAUUGUCAGGAGGCGGCGAUAAAGCUGAAGCAAGACCUGCAGGUCAUGUCAGCGUAGCAGAACCCGCCAUGCCACAGACCCAGGAGGACAUUCUUGCUGCGCUAGGAGUCACCGGUCAGCCCAAGCCUGUGUCUGAAGAGCCGAUGACAAUCCCCGUGCCAACACAAGACGUCAAAGCAAUUCCAUCGCUGCCUGAGAAACCGAGGAUCUCUCCACCGCCCCCUGCAAUGUCUCGACCCCCAGCAGAGUCACAGAGGUCACAGUCGUUGGGUGGUCCACGUGCCAUAAACCCUCCUGCUGGACCGCAACGACCUUACGGCUCGAUGUCGUCGAACAUUGGGCGACCUCCGCCUCCUCCUCCAGAACGCGAUCGAUAUGACCCCUGGAAUCCCUGUAGCCGCCAUCAGCAAUAUCACCCCAACGGUUUCAAUGGCGGCCGAGGCAGUCCAGCACGAUCUGAAGCUAGUGACGGCACAGCUGCUGGGUCCGACUUUGGGCCUGAGAAGCCUGCUGAGGCUAGCGAGCUUGCUGCCACACCAGGUGCGAAAUUCGAAAGAAGCGAUAGCUCCGUAUCGAGAAAGAGGAGCUAUGGUGAUACAGAUGCCGACGACGAGCGACUGCGACAGCAUGAUGAUCACACGAAGCGCAAGCGACGUUCGCAGGUUGAUGCCGCAUACGGGUAA